ACACACGCCCGCACCAGCACACACACACUGCCUCCACCUCUCUCACACGCUCCCGCCGAGCUGCCAGUGAACCACCGCCGCUCCGCGCUUCUCCAUCUCCGCGUCCUGUGCGCACCGCGCCGCCUCUCCGCGUCCAGCUGCGCGCACCUCUCCCCCCGCGCUCCGGAGCUCCAAACUAGCGCCUGAAGCUGAACUGAGGCAACCCGGGACAGACAGAAACAGCGAUGGACCGCCUGAACCUGUCGGAGGACCAGAUCAAAGUGCUGGAGGACAGUUUCAAGAAAGUCAGCAAGCAUCCGGAUGAGACGACGCUCAUGUUGAUCGCUGCGGAGUGCGGACUGUCAGAGGAGGAAACACAAAAAUGGUUCAAGCUACGUAACGCACAGUGGAGGCAGGCGGAGGGUCUUCCAGCUGAACUGGGAUCGGUGCUGGACUGAGGCUGGACAAUGUGCUGGAUGCCUGGAGCUCCGUGUUGACCUUGUUUCUCCUGGACAAACUGACCCCACCACCCCCUCCUCAUACACUCCCCCCCUCCAUGUGUCCAUCUCUUUCUGUAUCUAUGAAGCUAUUUUAACUUACUGUACUGAAUGUGAAGGUGUUUGUGUGUUGCUGCCAAUAUAACCGCCAUGUUUACAGAAAUAAACAUAUUGUUAUUAUAAGUUAAAAA